AUGUUUGUUAAGCUAGUUAUAGGCAGGCAUAUUAUGAAAAUUGUUAGUGUGUAUGCACCCCAUGUGGGCCUGGAUGAGGAAGUCAAUAGGCUUUUUCAGAAGGAUUUAGAUGAGGUAGUGAGAGGUAUACCGAGUACCAAAAAUAUUUUCAUUAGUGGAGAUUUCAAUGGUAAUAUCGAUACAACUUCUAAUGGUUUUGAUGAUGUUCAUGGAGGCUUUGAUUUUGGGAAAAGAAAUAGCGGUGGGGUAUCUCUCUUGGAGUUUGCUAAAGCUUUUGAGUUGGUUAUUGCUAACUCGUGUUUUCUGAAGAGGGAUAAUUAA